CGAUUUAGCACGACUCGUCUAGUUCCUAGGUAUCACCCCGCAGCCCACCAAGCUACUUUAGUCUUACCUGCAUGGCCUACCUGCAUCUCUUCCACAACACAACUACCAAGUUCACACCACCACUCUCACUUGUCUUCAAAACACAGCAGCUGUACUCUUAAACAAAUAACUACUGCCAAAAUGACGGACUCCAAACCCCUCGUCUUCUACGACAUUUCCUCCCCUAUACAGCCCCGCUCCUACGCACCCAACCCCUCCAAAGCCCGCCUCGCCUUAAGCUUCAAGGGGGUACCUUUCAAAACAACAUGGGUCGAUCUCCUCGACAUCUCCACCGUCCGCAAGGGACUCAAUUGUCCAGCCACACGUAAGCUAGACGAUGGGUCCGACUACUACACCCUACCAAUGCUACAAGACCCGUCCGCAGACAAGAUCAUCGGAGACAGUUUCGACAUCGCCAACUACCUCGAAGACACGUUUUCCGGCUCCGGUGGCUGCUUGUUUCCUCGAGACUCCACCCACACUGGGCUUGACUACGAGAGUCCGAACAAAGACACCAUGUUCUUCGCGCCCCUCACACUGAACGAGGGGGCCAAGAACGAGGCGUAUGCAAAGUUCAACACCCACGUUGACGCCACGUUUUCUGCUCAUGUGAUGCUUGUGGCUCAAUAUAUGCCCUUCAAUCCUGAGACGGCGGAUGCCGUGAAGGCGCAGAUGUGCAAGCGUGCUCACUUGGAUUCUUGGGACAGUAUCUGCAUUCAAGGCGAGGCUAAAGAGCAACUCAAAGUAGCGUUCAAGGCGGCGCUGAAGUCACUGGCGGAUCUGUUCAUGGUUCAUAAAGAGGGUCCUUUCUUGGAGGGUGAAAAGGCAAACUACGCGGAUCUGAUAGUGGGUGGAUGGCUGAACAUGAUGGCUUCUUGUAUGCCCACCGAAGAAUGGGAUGAUUUCAGGACGUGGCAUGGAGGUGUUUUUGGAAGAUUGCAUGCUGUGUUGCAGGAGAAGUACUUUGUGUGCGUGUGAUGAAUCAUCCUUGAGGAGAGAUAGUUGUUACAGGAUUCGGUGAGAUCUGUAGUGCGAAGCGAGAGGGCAAUAGAAAGGGCGAA